AUGACCAUGAACCCCUAUCUCAGCUGGGCUAUUCUGCUCGUGGUGGCAGGUAGUCUCGGCUGGUACUACACCAAUGGCUCGACCCCGAAGGCCAAGACCGCAGUGCGAGCUGCUGUGGAGAAAUCAGAGGCCGUCGUAGCACCCAAGAAGCAAAAGCGCAAGCCCAAGGCACCUGAGCCGGCUGACGCCAAGAAGCCCGAGGUGAAGACUGUGGUCUCACCCCCGACCACCGAGGACGACCAGCCCGAUGAGGAUGUUGACCGUAAGGAGAUGGCCCGCCGUCUGGCUGCCAUCAAGAACGGCACCUCCCCCGCUCUCGCGCCUUCCUCCAAGAGUCAGAAGAAGAAGGCGAAGAAGGCCGCUCCGCUCGAGAGCGGCUCCCACGCCUCUUCGACCACCGGCCCCUCUCCCGGCGCCUCGGUCCUCCGCGUGACCGGCAACAUCGAGUCUGAGGCUAAGAAGCAAAAGGCGCAGAACUUCAAGCAGGUGGAGACCAAGAAGCAGCGCCAGAACCGACUCAAGAACGAGGCGCGCAAGCAGCAGGUCCAGGAGGCUGAAGUGGAGCGCCGAAAGUUGCUGGAAAAGCAGCUGCACACCGCUCGCGAGUCGGAGCGUCAGGAGGCUGCUCGUUCCAAGCCUCCUACCAGCAACGCCUGGCAGACCCAGGGCGCAAAGCCCGCAGUCAACGGCUCCUCUCAGCCCGCUGCUACCCCUGCUCCUGCUGCUGCCCCCGUGCAGCUCCUCGACACCUUUGAGCCCUCCACCGCCUCUCCGGCUCAGAAGAAGUGGGACCAGAACCUGCCUUCUGAGGAGGAGCAGCUGCGCAUCCUGGGAGCCUCCAGCGUUGACGAUGACUGGACCACCGUCUCCAGCAAGAAGGUCAGCAAGAAGAAGGGUGGCAAGGCUGACGAGAGCGUCAGCGAGGCUAGUGCUUCCGAGUCCCAGCCCGCUCCCGUGGCCCCUGCCCCCAUUGAGCCUCGUGUGACUGUGACCCCUACCUAUCUCCCAGACAUCCUCCGCUCUCGUGAGAAGGGCCACCCACUGGACUCGGACUGGGCCGCUUGA